UCCUUCCGGCCAGCUUCAGUUUCCUCCACGCUGCGCCUCUCCUUCUUCCGGGGCCACACGUCAUCCUUCUCGCUUCUCGGUAACUAAGGAGAUGAGGGAGACUUCCCACUGAGACCUGCGGACGUCAUAUUGGAUCGGGGCGAACCACUGAGGCGUGUUGGCUGAGCCUAGGAAUCAGUACGGCAGGCGCCGGGUAUUCUAAAGCAGAAACGUUUAGAGGUGAACACGGAGAGAAGUGUGUGCUGAGAAAAUGGUUUUGUAGAGCGAGGCUCGUCUGUCGCGCCCCCUUCCAAGAUGGCGGCGCGGCUUUUCUGAGUCUCUUGCUUCCGCUCGUCAGCCGAGGAGGCGCUCUUUGAUUGGCCGUGGGGCGGCGUGACGAACAGGGGCACUGACCAAUCGGCUGAGAGCUGAGCUGGACUUGGUGGUGGGAGCCGGAGCCGGUAUCUUGUAGGUGGAGGUGCGGUGGGCUGCGGCCAGACUAUGACAACGUAUCUGGAGUUCAUUCAGCACAAUGAAGAACGAGAUGGUGUGCGUUUUAGUUGGAAUGUGUGGCCUUCCAGCCGCCUGGAGGCUACCAGAAUGGUUGUUCCUCUGGCUUGUCUCCUUACACCUUUGAAAGAACGUCCAGACCUGCCACCUGUACAGUAUGAACCUGUGCUUUGCAGCAGGCCAACUUGCAAAGCCAUUCUCAAUCCACUUUGUCAGGUCGAUUAUCGGGCAAAACUUUGGGCCUGUAAUUUCUGUUUCCAAAGAAAUCAGUUUCCCCCAGCUUAUACAGGCAUAUCUGAGGUGAACCAGCCUGCUGAAUUGAUGCCCCAGUUUUCUACAAUCGAGUAUGUGAUACAGCGAGGUCCACAGUCCCCUCUAAUCUUCCUCUAUGUGGUCGACACGUGCCUAGAGGAUGAUGACCUUCAAGCACUCAAAGAAUCCCUGCAAAUGUCCCUGAGUCUCCUUCCUCCAGACGCUCUGGUGGGUUUGAUCACGUUUGGGAGGAUGGUGCAGGUUCAUGAACUCAGCUGUGAAGGAAUCUCCAAAAGUUACGUCUUUCGAGGGACCAAGGACCUAACUGCAAAGCAAAUACAGGAUAUGCUGGGCCUGACCAAACCUGCCAUGUCCAUGCAGCAAGCAAGACCUGCUCAACCGCAGGAGCACCCUUUUGUUUCUAGCAGAUUUCUUCAGCCUGUUCAAAAGAUUGACAUGAACCUCACUGACCUUCUUGGGGAGCUGCAGAAGGAUCCAUGGCCCGUAACUCAAGGAAAGAGACCUUUGCGAUCCACUGGUGUUGCUUUGUCAAUUGCUGUUGGCUUGUUGGAGGGCACUUUUCCAAACACAGGAGCCAGGAUUAUGUUGUUUACUGGGGGUCCCCCCACCCAAGGGCCUGGCAUGGUGGUUGGAGAUGAAUUAAAGGUUCCUAUUCGUUCCUGGCAUGAUAUUGAGAAAGAUAAUGCACGUUUCAUGAAAAAGGCAACCAAGCAUUAUGAGAUGCUUGCUAAUCGAACUGCUACAAAUGGUCACUGCAUUGAUAUUUAUGCUUGUGCCCUGGAUCAAACUGGACUUUUGGAGAUGAAGUGCUGUGCAAAUCUUACUGGAGGCUACAUGAUGAUGGGAGAUUCUUUCAACACUUCUCUCUUCAAGCAGACAUUCCAAAGAAUUUUUAGUAAAGAUUUUAAUGGAGACUUCAGAAUGGCAUUUGGUGCUACUUUGGAAGUAAAGACCUCUCGGGAACUGAAGAUUGCAGGAGCCAUUGGUCCUUGUGUAUCUCUGAAUGUGAAAGGACCAUGUGUGUCAGAAAGUGAGCUUGGUGUCGGUGGCACGAGUCAGUGGAAAAUCUGUGGCCUGGAUCCCACAUCUACAGUUGGCAUCUAUUUUGAAGUAGUCAAUCAGCACAAUGCCCCGAUCCCCCAAGGAGGCAGAGGUGCCAUCCAGUUUGUCACGCACUAUCAACACUCCAGCACCCAGAGACGCAUCCGUGUGACCACCAUUGCCCGAAAUUGGGCAGAUGCACAGAGUCAGCUCAAGCACAUAGAAGCAGCAUUUGACCAGGAGGCCGCAGCAGUCUUGAUGGCACGGCUAGGAGUGUUCCGAGCUGAGUCGGAAGAGGGGCCUGAUGUUCUGCGGUGGCUGGACCGACAACUGAUCCGACUGUGUCAGAAGUUUGGACAGUAUAACAAAGAAGACCCCACUUCUUUUAGGUUAUCAGAUUCCUUCUCUCUAUAUCCUCAGUUCAUGUUCCAUCUUAGAAGAUCUCCAUUUCUUCAAGUAUUUAACAAUAGUCCUGAUGAGUCAUCAUAUUACAGACACCAUUUUGCCCGACAGGAUCUAACCCAGUCCCUCAUCAUGAUCCAGCCUAUUCUCUACUCCUAUUCGUUCCAUGGACCACCAGAGCCAGUACUAUUGGACAGCAGCAGCAUUCUAGCUGACAGAAUUUUGCUGAUGGAUACUUUCUUCCAAAUUGUGAUUUAUCUUGGUGAGACUAUAGCCCAGUGGCGUAAAGCUGGGUACCAGGACAUGCCUGAGUAUGAAAACUUCAAGCACCUUCUGCAGGCACCACUGGAUGACGCUGAAGAAAUUCUGCAAGCGCGCUUCCCAAUGCCACGUUACAUUAACACAGAGCAUGGAGGCAGUCAAGCUCGAUUCCUUUUAUCCAAAGUGAACCCAUCUCAGACACACAAUAACCUGUAUGCUUGGGGACAGGAAACGGGAGCACCUAUCCUAACUGACGACGUUAGCUUGCAGGUGUUCAUGGAUCAUUUGAAGAAGCUAGCUGUCUCCAGUGCCUCUUAAGUUGGGGUUGUGACCAGGAAUUGAAGAGAACACUGUCAGAUGUGUUCACGAUUGUUUAUAAAGGCUUACUAACAUUCCUUUCACUCUUCUUGUGGAUUUUAAUAAAUAAUCAAACGAAGUGUUGUAUGUAACUCUUUAGAUUGUAAUUUAUUUGUUUUUCUUACCUGUGCCCCCUUUCUUGCAUCAUAAAAUUAUAAGGUCAUAAAUGUUUAUAUGGUUAUAAACCAUAUAAGGUACUUGUAAAUGUUUAUAUGCUUUUUGUAUCCUAACUUGACAGCCUAUGUAAAAUCAGAGGUUAAUGUAUUUUGGUAGCUUGCUUAGAUGAAAACCAUAAAGAUCAGAAAGGAAAUAAAUCUGGAUGAAGAAAGCACUGGCUAAAAUAAUGCUAAUACAAAUUUGAUGUCCUGAGGUCUCUCUGUGAGUGUGUGUUUUUUUUAAGUGACUACCCCAAGAGACCUUUCUUGAAUUUAAUCUUCAUUUACUGUCUAAAUGUUAACAGACCAAGGAAAAGUUUGAAAUAUAUGAAACUUUGUUGAGGUAGCGUGGUCUAGAGUGGCAUUGUCCCUAACUCACAUAUCGCAUUCCAUGUAAACAGUCCAGCCCAGGUAGACAUAAGAGGGGCUGAUGGGCGUAAGUGUCUCUAAAAGAGUGACGACGACACAUUUAUCUUGGGCACAAGUAAAAUAACAGGUACAGCUUUUUUUAAUCAAAGGGUAAUAUUGCAUGUUAAAAAAAAUCUUAAUCUAAAGAGCUUAUAACAAAUAAGUUUCCUAUACUCUCUAAGCCGAGACCUAUUCUUCAGAGGUAACUGCUUUAACCUUUCCUUUCAAGCUUUUUGUUGUUGAUGUGUCAAUUUUAGCCAGUAUCUCUCAAUUCCCAUUUCUUAGAAUGAGAAUUUUACUACCUUUCUACCAGUUUUGAUCAGCUAUACUUUUAUUUUUAUAUUAUCAAGGUUGGUAAAAUUUGCAUGCCUACCUAGAACCAUAAUUAUGUCUUUUGUCUCAAAGUUAAUUCUGAAAGUUGAAAACUAAUAAAGAUUAUUUACACAGUUGUAA